AUGGAGCCUGGGCAAUUAACCCCCUCUUCUCGGUCUCGUAGCUCAUCAGGUAGCAGUGAGGACUUUUGUUUGGAAAGAUUGUUCGCGCUCGAGGCAAGUAGCUUGAAUGACCCAACACAGGAGUGGAAACGACAGAAGCGCGAAGAGGGCGCCGAAAAUGAGAUCAUCGACCAGAUCAUGGCGCUUGUAGGCCUGGAAAAAGUCAAGCGGCAGGUUCUUGCCAUCAAGGACAAGGUCGAGAUUUGCAAGAAGCAGGAGACGGAUCUUAAGAAGGAACGGUUCAACAUUAUUUUUCAAGGAAAUCCGGGAACAGGGAAAACAACCGUCGCCCGUCUCUACGCAAAGUUUCUCCACUCAGUUGGCGUCUUGGAGUCUGACCAGGUGAAAGAGACGUCUGGCAGCAAACUGGCUUCUAAGGGAUCUAGAGGAACCAAACGUAUGCUAAAGAAGAUGAUGGGCUACUACUCAGGUGGUGUCCUCUUCAUCGACGAGGCCUACCAGCUCGUUACCUCUACCUCAGGGCGUCAGGCACUGGAUAUCCUUCUCACAAUGAUGGAAAACAAUGUUGGGAGGCUAGCCGUUAUCUUCGCCGGCUACCAUGACGAUAUGGAGCCCCUUUUUGAGCAUAAUCCUGGACUUCUCAGCAGGAUCCCAUACACGCUACAGUUCGACGACUUUAGCGAUCCUGAGCUAUGGCGCGUGCUAUGCGACAAGAUUGAAGAUAGGCUUGCACGGAGCCGUAAGAGCAAGGGGUUUGGGAAUGCCCGCUCCGUUGAGAACCUCCUAGCGGCAAUAGCGGAGCGCCAAACAACCCGCAUCAAAGUAGAGUAUAGGAAGGGCGAGGAACCAGACCUCCAUUACUUUACGAAAGAAGAUCUGAUCGGGCCAGAUCCCACCAAGGUGGACUUUACGUCCCGUGCUUGGACGCAGUUACAAGAGAUGAUUGGACUGGACUCGGUGAAGGCCUCGAUAAAAGCGACGAUCGAGAUGAUCAAGAGGAACUACGGCCGAGAGCUACGCGAGGAAAAGCCACUACAGGUAUCCCUAAACCAGGUAUUUGUCGGAUCGCCUGGGACGGGAAAGACUACAGUGGCGAAGCUGUACGGUCAAAUUCUGGCCGAACUCGGCCUGCUUAGCAAGGGCGAUGUCGUUCUUAAAAAUCCAUCCGAUUUCAUCGGCGAUGCGGUCGGAAAAUCAGAGGCUAAGACACGAGGCAUUCUCGCCGCCACAGUCGGCAAGGUGCUCAUUAUCGACGAAGCGUACAUGCUAGACACGGGCAGUGACGCCGCCGCAGGGAGGCAGGCAGACCCAUACCGGGAAGGUGUUAUCAACACGAUUGUAGCCGAGGUCCAGGGAAACCUGGGAGAAGACCGCUGCAUCAUCCUCACCGGCUACGAGGAUAGGAUGAAGGCACUGUUCCGCAACACCAACCCGGGACUCGCGCGCCGCUUUCCUAUCGAACGCGCUUUCCGCUUCGAGAACUUCGAUAUCGACCAACUAAUGCAGGUAAUGCGACUUAAGAUGCACCAGCAGGACAUCCGCGCGACGGAUAGGGCACUGGCCGUCGCGCGCGGUGUUCUGGAAAGAGCCUUGAUGCGCCCGUCCUUUUCUAAUGGCGGCGAGGUUGAGCGAUGUCUGGCAGACGCCAAAUCCAACCAUGAGGCCCGGCAGGCGAAGAGGCCGGAAAGCGAGCAAGAAGCCGGAACGCUGCUUGAGGCCGAAGACUUUGAUCUUGAGUGCGGGCGGCUGGUAGACGAUGCGAAGAGUAGCUGUAGGGACAUUCUCGGGGGCCUCGUGGAUGAGUCCAUUAUCGAAACGCUGGAGGAGUACCAGCGCCUUUGGCGCGUAGCGAAGCAACGCGGUUGCGACGCCCGCAAGCUUGUUCCCACCAGACUUCUCUUCAAGGGCGGCCCAGGCACCGGAAAGACGACCGUUGCACGAACUCUGGGGAGACUAUUCUACAACAUGGGCUUGCUAGCCACCGACGAGGUUGUCGAGUGCUCCGUCACAGACAUGAUCGGGCAGUAUGUUGGGCAGACAGCGCCAAAGGCACGCGAGCAACUGCGCAAAGGCCUGGGGAAAGUCCUGCUCAUCGACGAAGUGCACCAUAUUGGCGGCGUCGGUGGUUACGGCGCCGAGGCUCUCAAAGAGAUCGUCGCUUUCCUCAACAAUCCGUGGCAUCGCGAUCGCCUGGUCGUCGUUCUCAUCGGCCUCCCAAAACACAUUGAUCUUCUUAUGGCCGUCGUGCCUUCGUUGUCCGGCCACUUCCCCGACGAGCUCCUCUUUCCGGACCUCACGCCUCAAGCCUGCAUCGACUUACUCGCUCGCGAACUUGCGCACCAGCGAAUCAUUCCUCAUCCGGAUCCGGCUUUGCUGCUGUCCGACGACGAGCGCGAGACACGGUGGGACGGAGGGCUGAAAGAGCGAGGCCUGAAACAUUACCUACACGCCAUGUGUCGGGUCCCCAUGUGGGGCAACGCCCGCGACGUCCAGACGCUAGCGGACAGAAUCGCGCGCAGGCACAUGCUUAGUGGUGGAAUCGGAGCAGAGAGCGCCGAGGCUCUGCCACUCUCCCCGGAAACUGUACGCCGGUGCGCCGAGGAUCUGCUCGCGACGCUGACAGGGCGGUGGACUGCCAGCAUGGACGCUAGUAUGGCGAGCGCCAAGGGCGAGCAGCAGGUGCAGGCGGACACUUUUAGCGCCCCGCAGCCACCUACGACGUCCAUGUUGCAGGACAUAAAGGAGGAGUAUUUUUCCGACGAGGACGAGGAUGAGGCCGCAGACGUGGACGAGAGCCAAGACGUAGAUACGCAAGCGUUGCUGCGGCAAAUGGGCGUCUGCGAGGCAGGGUACGCAUGGAGGAGAGAAGGUGCCGGGUGGCGCUGCGAGGGGGGAUCGCACUACGUCGACGAUACACAACUGGCAAAUUUCGCUGGUAGGCAGUAG